AUGAGGCCGCCUCUGUCGGUGGAGGACAUCAUCACCCGGUUCAGGGAGAUGUGUCAGCCCAUCAUACUCUUCGGCGAGACCGACAUGCAGCGGUACAAGCGAAUGAGGCAGUUGGAGAAGGAGGAUCACGAGGGGAAGAAGAACCCGGACCUCGUGAUGCUGGAAUCGCUCCAUUCCAACUCCCGCACGGCAUUGGAGGACCAGAAGGGCGAUGAUGACGAAGAUGAAGAUGAAGAUGGAGAGAAGAAGGAGGAGAAGGACAAGGCGGAUGACAAGAGUGAAGAGUCUGAGAGCGAAGAGGCCACAAACUCGCCGGGAGACUGGUGCAGAGUUGGAGAAUUCGCUUGA